AUGGGCAACGUGUCUGGUAAAAGUUAUGUGCCCGAAGACGGCGCAGAGAUCGAUCUACGCCAGUUCGAGUUCCUUCGCAACAUCGGCAAGGGUGCCUUCGGAAAGGUGCGCAUUGUUCAGAAGCGGGACACGCAGAAAAUGUACGCCCUCAAAUACAUCAACAAGAAGAAGUGUGUCCGCAUGGAUGCCGUCGAAAACAUUCUGCGGGAGCGACGGAUCCUCGAGGAACUGAAGCACCCCUUUGUUGUCAAUCUGUGGUUUGCUUUCCAAGACGACGUCAACAUCUACAUGGUCCUCGAUCUGAUGCUCGGCGGCGACCUGCGAUUCCACUUUGAGCGCAUCAAGUAUUUCCCAGAGGAGGCCAUUCGGUUCUAUGCCGCCGAGAUCGGAUGCGCUCUGUCUUAUCUCCACUCCAAAGGAAUCGUGCAUCGGGACCUCAAACCCGAUAACCUUUUGCUGGAUGACGAUGGCCACAUCCACAUCACCGAUUUCAACAUUGCUCGCAAGAUUGAAGAGGGCAAAGUACUGCGGUCUCAUUCUGGUACUCUCUGCUACAUGGAGAUCUUUAUGGACCAAGGAUACACAUUUUCGGUGGACUGGUGGAGUCUGGGCAUCAUUCUCUUCGAACUGACCUUUGGACGGACUCCGUUCGCCGGCGAAAACCAUCAGGGCGUCCAAAACGAUAUUGUGAAUGCCCCACUGACAUUCCCGAGCCGCCACAUUAUCCAGAAGACACAUAUCAACCCAGCGCUGGAAUGCAUCGAUAUUAUCCGGCGGCUGCUAGAGCGCAACGUCCCGUCGAGGCUUUCGUGCGGGCCCAGCGGCAUCAGGGACUUUUGCUCGCACCCAUGGUUUGACGACCUGGAUUGGGUUGCAUUGGAGAAUCUCGAGCUCAAGCCUCCGUUCUCGCCAAAGUCCGGUGAGAUCAACUUUGACCCUAUUUAUGACCUCGAAGAGAUCUUAUUGGAAGAAGACCCUCUCGAGUAUCGUCCCUGGAAGCCCAAGCGGCUCACCGAAACCGAUUCGCGGAAGGGCAUAAAGGCCUUCCAAAAGUCCAAGAGCGCAGCCGAUGUCCAGCUCGAAUACCUCGAGCAGCAGUUCCAGACGUUUGACAUCAGCAUUUACGAUAAAUACAAAGGCACCGAAGCGACCCCGCCCGGCUGGGCUCAGCCCGACCGUUCGUAUCCGCGGCCCUUUUGGAGACAAGCGAGCCUGCGAAUCCGAUGA